AUGGAGUAUUAUAAAUUAACUACUAAAUUAUCCAUAGGAUUUAGAUUACCAGAAACUGUAGUGUCUACAAGGGUUAAGGAUGGAAACACACAAACAUACUACCUGAGGUAUGAGGAUGAAGAACUAGGCGGACAUAACCCAAAGGUCUGGAGAAAGAAACCGUAUGAUGAAAGAGGAAGAUCCUUACAAGAUUUGUUAGAUGAUAGGAAUCUAGGCAGGAAUAAUGUCUUUCCCAUAGAUCUUGAUCAGCCUGAGAAGAAUCUGGAAAUUGACUCUGAUAUUGCAAAAAAUGUAUAUGUGGAACUUGUUCAGAGUGGUAAGGAAAUCGCUGGAAGUGAAUAUACUGUUACUGAAUACAAGCUUAAUGGUGAUGGAACUACCAGAUUUUCGAGGGUUAUGCUUGAUAAAGAUAGGGUAAAGGGUAUGGUUAUUCCGAAUGAUGCAAUUGCUAAUGUCCGACUAUACUCGUCGCCAAUUAACAACAGUAAAGUACCCAUUAUGCUUGAAUUUGUUGGUAAUACUGGAGGAGACUCUAAAUGGUUCCAUAAUCAGAACAAAGGUACAGGUACUCAAUGGGGAGAAGAUGCUGGGUCCAGUGAAUUUUAUCUCAAAGGCUCUAAAGAUAAUUCCAUAUCCACCCUCACAGAGAAGUUUACUAAGAAGUUAGACGGGCUAGUUUGUGAAUACCAUAAUGGUGUAACCAUUGAUUUAUCACAUAGUAUAUCUACAUCAGGGGGAAGCUACUGUUGUGAUCAACAUAAAGGUAAGGGUGGUAUGGUAACUGUAGAGGCAAUAGAAAUUAAAAAUGAAUCCAGCUCAAGUCAUACCACAGUGUAUAAGCAUUCCGUUAAAGCAGGACAGAGUGUAGCUGGUAUUAAAUUUUAUCAAGAUGAUAACACCUCUAAUAGAAGGAAAGUAUCUGCUAGAUCAUUUAAAUUUCCAAUGGAGGGUCCAGUGGACAUUUAUACCUUUUAUUCCAGCAAUAACCCGGCGCUCAUAUAUAUACAUGGUACCGGGGAUAAAUCUGUCAAGGGUUGGUUUGGGAGAGAUGGUUUUGGUGAUAACAGGCCGUGGAAAAAAACGUCUCACAGUCUCAGGAGAAUUAAGAAGACUGACAUAGAUCAGAACGAACUCACCUGUACUAAGUGGACUGCGCUUAGAGAUAUACUGAAGGAACGUGAUGUCACUAAUUUAUCAAUCUGUAAUCGGCCUACAGAUCUACAACGUUCUGAAGAAAGUCCUUCUGGAGGAAUAGGACAAGAACAAGCUGAUGAUGAAGAUGAACAAUCUGAUCCUGAAGAAUCACCUCAAGGACUAGGUGUUGAUAGUCCUCCUGGACCUAAAGGGCCUAAUCGUAAUGAAGGAGAUGCUGGAGGCGCUGCUCUUCGUGGUACUGAUGGUGCUCAAGUUGGUACUUCUCCUGAACCUACUACUCCUGGUCCUGGAUCUCCUGCUUCUAUUCCUACUUCUCAACCAGCUGCUCCUCCCUCUGCUGCUAAAGCUGCUAAAGUUACUACUGGAGAAUCUGUACCUACUGUACCUGAUGGUGAAGCUGCUUCUUCCUCUGCUCCUGAAACUACUCCUUCCGACGGUGGUGGAGCUAAUGCUCAACCUCUUGGUCUUGAGCGAACUACUAUCCAUCCAGCCAGAGGGACCAAUUUGGACUUUACGUUAUCCAGUUCUCAGCCAACCAAUACCCAAAUUAUUCUGUGGUAA